GGAGCUAUUGAAAUUCUACAUUUUUUUUAAAAUUUGUGUAAAACCAUGUGAGAUAAAAGUGGACAAACUAAAGGGUGUGCAAUAUGAAUGGUAGACAGUGGACAUUCUGAACCUUGUUUGAAGUCACUAGGUCACAUGACCAAGGAGCUAUUGAAAUUCUACAUUUUGAAAAAUUAUUUUAAAUUCUUGUGAGAUUGAAAAUGGACAAACUAAAGGGUGUGCAAUGUGCGUCUAUGCCAUCGGGUUAGCUACAACCAGUUUUGAAAGUGUUUGGAGUAAUGGUUAAAAAGCUAUUGAAAUUUGAAAAAUGUAAUUUGUCACUAUGUUGACGGUCCCUAACUGCUGUUGGUGGACGUGAGGAAAACUACAGGCGAAUAUCCCACCUGAAACUGUCUUUACCUCGGUGUUCCAUGCUUCGUUUCAGAAGAUAAUCAGUCACCCAUUCAUAUCUUAAGCACCUAUAUAUGGUAUUCGCAAUGUGUGGUAGCGUUUGCAUGACUUGCAACUACUGGUAGAGAUACUGACCUGGGUAUCUUGGUUACUGCCCUGCCCAACGAGGGUGCCUGAUCUGUGGGCUUCAGAAGAGGAACAGCUCCCUGCUUUAAGGGCCUGUUAUAAACAAACCCCUUCAAAUGCUGCACAGACUGGCUGUGUUGUCUGAGAAGCAGCUUGCAACUGGACUGCAUGGAUCUGAUGAGCAAACAUGAAGGUAAAAGCUAAACUAUGUGGCUGCCUGUUGGCUCUGGGUCUUGGAGUAGGCCUCUCCCAGUACCAGUCUAAAAGUCACACAAAGCAUUACAUCCAGCAGGGCAGGUCAACUAUAGUCCACCUGUUUGAGUGGCGCUGGAAUGACAUAGCUGAAGAGUGUGAGCGAUAUCUGGGACCCAAUGGAUUUGAUGGAGUACAGAUCUCCCCUCCCAGUGAGAACGUGGUGGUGACUAAACCAUGGAGACCGUGGUGGGAGAGGUACCAGCCAGUCAGCUACAACCUCUGUUCCCGCUCUGGAACCCAACAGGAGCUCCGAGACAUGGUCUGCAGGUGCAACAAUGUCGGGGUGAAGAUCUAUGCAGACGUGGUCAUUAAUCACAUGUGUAUGUCUGGCGCGGGCGAGGGGGAGGGCAGACACCGUUCGACCUGUGGCUCAUACUUCAAUGCCAGCAAGAGGGAGUUCCCAUCUGUGCCCUACUCUGCUUCCCACUUCAACGAUGACAAAUGCACCACCAGCAGCAGAAAUAUUGAGACUUACCAAGACAUUUAUCAGGUGCGUAACUGUCGUCUGCUAGGUCUUCUGGAUCUGGCGCAGGACAAGGAGCAUGUGAGAGAGAGGAUAGUGGACUACAUGAACAGACUGGUGGAUAUGGGUAUAGCAGGUUUCAGGGUGGAUGCAGGUAAACACAUGUGGCCUGAGGACCUGAAGAACAUCUACAGCAGACUUCACAACCUCAACACCACCUGGUUCACACAGGGAUCCAGACCACUCAUUUACCAAGAGGUUAUCGACCUCGGUGGCGAGCCGAUAAAAGCGACAGAAUACUCUGGACUGGGCCUUGUCACAGAGUUCAAGUAUGGUACUAUGCUGGGCUCUGUCAUCCGCAAGUGGAACCAAGGGAAACUCUCUGACCUCAAGACGUGUGGUGAGAGCUGGGAUCUGCUGCCCUCAGGCGAGGCAUUGGUGUUUGUGGAUAACCAUGACAACCAGAGAGGGCAUGGUGCAGGAGGGGCCUCCAUCCUCACCUUCUGGGAGCCCAGAAUGUAUAAAAUGGCCGUGGCUUUCAUGCUGGCCCAUCCCUAUGGAGUUACGAGAGUGAUGUCAAGCUACCGGUGGGAUCAACAUGUUGUGGAUGGGAAGGACCAGAAUGAUUGGAUAGGUCCUCCCAGCUUCCCUGACGGCUCCACCAAGCCUGUCCCCAUACAGCCAGACGGCAGCUGUGGGGAGGGCUGGGUGUGUGAGCACAGAUGGCCCACAAUCAGAAAUAUGGUGAUGUUCCGUAAUGUUGUCGAUGGAGAGCCCUUGUCUAACUGGUGGGACAAUGGGGGUAACCAGAUAGCUUUUGGACGAGGCAACCAAGGCUUCAUAGUUAUCAACAAUGAUAACUGUUCCCUGGAUGUGACGCUGUACACCGGCCUUCAUAGAGGAACCUACUGUGAUGUCAUCUCCGGUCAGAGGUCAGGGGGGCGUUGCUCGGGGAAACAGGUGACCGUUGGAGGGGACGGGAGAGCACACUUUACCAUCAGCGCCUCUGACCCGGACCCUGUCAUAGCCAUUCACACGCACUCUAAGCUGGAGUAGGAGCUAAUAACACUGCACUUUAUACCACACUGUGAUAUUAUAGUUUGUGUAUCAUUACUGUAUUUCAAGGGGUCUUUCUAUCGAGGUUUGGAAAGAUGAUGAUUAAGAAAUAAGGCACGAAGGGGUGUAUACCUCAAACCCCCAGGGUGCCUUAUUGCUAUUGUAAACUGGUUACCAAUGUAAUUAGAGCAGUAAAAAUACAAUGUUGUCAUACCCAUGUUAUACGGUCUGCUAUACCACGGCUGUCAGCCAAUCAGUAUUCAAGGCUCGAACCGCCCUGAUUAUACUACAGUGGUGUACUGAGAUACAGAAAUGUCAUGUGUUAUUAUGGCUCAUAUCAAUUUGGGUCGUGAAAUGCAAACAGCUGUGUAAAAACAUCAUCAAUGUUAAAUUCAUGUCAGAUGUGAUCAUGCACUAUAGAUUCUGCAUGACUCUUCAAAUGUAGCACUAAUAUACAUACAUUUACAUUCAUUAUAUACUGUAUGUAUGUGUUCUCAUUUGUCAAAUACAAUUAAACAUCCAGUUGGAAAUA